AUGGGAGGAGCUGUGUCUGUUGAAAACGCUGAGAUCAUUUACGUUGCCGAAGAUGGCGCCAUUGGGCUCACGGAGUCGUUCGCUUCCCGCUUUGAGAACGACAUGCCAUUUGACAUCAAACGCCCCGUGGUCACCCGCCAGCACGAAGCUCUGAUCAAGGAGAAUUGGUCUGCCAUCUGCCAGGGCACUUCCGCGUUUGACGCGGUCAAGCACGUGACUCCGACAAAGUUCUUCUAUCGGACGUUCUACAACAUGUUGUUCGAGACGGCGCCUUCGCUGCGUCCGAUUUUUCGAUCCAGCAUGACCGUGCAAGGCAAGUCGUUGGCGGGGAUUAUCAAGACCCUAGCCACAGUCAUCAACGGCGCCAACAUCGUCAGUGCGGCCCAUGGACUCGCCAAAGGGCAUCUCAAGUACGGGACCAAGAAGGACCAUUACACGGCGGUGGGCCAGAAUUUGCUGCAAACGCUGGAAAUCGUGAGCGGAGACAAGUGGACUCCAGAGAUUUCUACGGCGUACCUGACUGCCCUGCCCGCGACGAUCUCCAAGUCGGAGACAAUUUCAGCGACGGCCAAGCGACUCACGUUGACCUUUGACUUUAACUUGCGGUUCCAUCCGGGCGAUGCGAUUCUUCUGGGGCUGCCUGUCGCCGAAGGGGGAGAAGUGAAGCGGCACUAUACGAUUGCCUCACUCAGUGUCGAAGGGACCAACACCAUCGACAUUGUCGUGGACGACGUGAGCGCGUCGUCGCACUGGCUCGUCACCCAAGCGACUGGAGCGACCGUCAAGUUGUACUGGAUUGAGUCAAACGUCCGGUUUGAGAUCGACUCGCCCGAAUCCAUUCCCUCAAAUGUCGUGUUUGUGAGUCAUGGGGUGGGGUGCGUGCCAUUCCUGGUCAUGCUGGAGGGACUGUAUCGCAUUCGAGAAUCGUUCCACGGCAGCGCCGUGACGUUGCAAGUGGCCCCCAACCAAGCCGACGUGGACGCGUACACUUCUGCGGUGACCUCUACAGAAAAGCCCAUCGAAUGGGAAUCCAGUUCCAUCCACUAUGCGCCAACUGUCUCGGCCGACAAGCUCAAAGACAUUGCGCCAAAUCUUGCGCAUAGCGACUUGUACGUGUGCGGCCCUGCUGACUUCAUCGCAACCACAGAAGAAGCGUUCGUGGCCGCAGGGGGAUCCAAGGAUCGGAUUCAUGUGUAUUCGUUCGACAAUGCGCAGUUGGGGGCGCGGAAAAUAGAAUGA